AUGGAUGAGGUCGAGAUGCACUGCCGGGCAGAGAUGCCAGGUCUCUCUCGAACAUUCCCUAGCCUCGACAUUGGCCAGUUGUUGAUCUGUAGGGCUGCCAGUCUCGUAUCGGCAAGCAUCAGCACCUCACCUGGACUGCUGCAGGCAGGCACUGGCUCGGAAGCAGUUCCCACGGGACCAACUAUAAGACAAUCCGUAUCAAUCUCAACAGCCACGCACGGUAGUCCAAAUCGACAAAUGAGAGAUGUGCCACGAGAACUGCCGUCGCAGCCGCUCCCGGAGGCAGAUGGGUAUGUCAAUGUUCGCUUCCUGCAGUCUGGGAGGUUUAUUGUGGUUUUGCUUCUUUCAACAGCCAUUUUUUGUGCCCAGGUGGAGUUUAGACGACGGGAACGGAUGCAGCACGUGAUGGCGAAGCGAACUGCACCUGGACAACCUCAGAACGUUUGGAAGCCCGCGGAUGCGAAACGGCUUGGCAUGCGUGCCAAUGCCAUUGCAAGGCCUCGGAACAGAGGACAAAUGCAGUUAACUAUUGUUAGCACUGCGACGUUGGAGGAACCUCGGGCGCCCCCGCAGGGCUGGACUUGCAAUGGCGGUGUUGGACGAAGAAUAGUGGUAAAGGGCGACGAUUACCCCACAGCGGACUACUAUCGCACAAAGGACAGCCCCCAAGCACACAUGUCUCGUUCACCCGCACCCUUCCCGCCCAGUUCCCGCCCUCCCUUUGUGUUUACCUUCUGUUAUAAUUGCGAGUCGUCCCCGUCCUUCCGUCCCGCGCAUUCCUCAUUCCCUCACGCUCUCGACCUCGACUUUAAAUCCGCUCUGCAGACCUCAUUCCCGCUCCCUCCGUCGUCGAUGCAACAAGCAAUGGAGGCCAAUGCCUAUCCUUGGGCCAACGACACCUUCCUGGCCAUCAACUCCAGCGAUAUGAACGAUGCCUGCGCACUCAACCCAUCUGCAAAGUGGCCUGCCUUCUCGAGCGGGCACGAACACUCGUUCCCUCCUUCCAAUUUCACCAUGCCCGCUCUGGUCAGCGACUCCACAGUCGAACGAUAUGGCCAGAUUACCCCUCCUGAAGAGCUAUCGCCUGCGGUACCCAACUCGGAGCCGCUGCCACCGACCUCCGCAUUGCCGGAUCACAUGCAGGCUGUGCUGGGCUGGGCCAGCCAACAGCAAAUGCAGGACCUAGCCAAUUACGACCCCUCUGCUCCGCUACAGCACCAUCAGCAACAGACAACGCUGGCGCAGACGCCCGACUCAGGCCGCGUCUCCAAACGUCGACGGACAACCACAAAGCAGACCGUAACCAAUGAGAUUGCCGCAGCCCCCGCCCCGCAGGAGCAGACCGAGAUUCCGCAACCGCCCAAGCGAAAGCGGGGACGCCCCAAGUCGAAUCCGCAGCCAAAGCAGGAUGCCAUGUCCACUGAGGAUUGUCCCUUCCAAGUUUCCUCCGCACGCCAGUCGCACCUCGAGAAGAACCGCGUCGCUGCACACAAGUGCCGCCAGCGCCGCAAAGAGUACAUCCAAGGCCUGGAGAACCGAGCACGGGAGUACACAGAGACGAACAAGGCGCUGAAAGACGAGGUCACAAAGCUCCGCUCAGAUGUCUUGGAACUGAAGAAUGUGUUGCUGUCGCAUGCCGGAUGCGGAUGCUGGGCCAUUGACGAGUACCUCGCACAAUGCGCUGGGGACCUCCUUGGCGUCUCAAACCCAUUCCUCGCCUCCGGUCACAAAACAAGUCAACAAUCCGCAGCUCCCUCGGUGGCCACGGAGCCAUCUGCGCGGGAAAUGAGCACCGAGACAGCGAUCGUGUCCGCGGGAGACCGCGCCAGCUCGCAGGAACAAGACCUCGAUGGCUAUGGUGGGCUCGAACUGAUCAACGAUUCGGACGAUGGCGACCCUGUCGGCUCAUGUGGUUGA